CACAUGUGGGCGUGUCUGCGGGAAGAAAUCUUCUCUUCACGCCUGCCAAGCGUUAGUUUAAGAUCUGCAGCGGACGGUUUAGUCAGUGUCUUGUGCGUUUAUGAGGCACAAACUGGUUACAAGGAUCCAUUUCUAUAAAUAAUUUUCCAUAAUGAGAGGACUUUUCAUUCUUUGUGCGCUGGUCACAUUGUUUUACCUUGUGUCAUGCUGUGAGAAGGAAACACAUUAUUUGAAGGAUGAUAAAUGCUGUAAGAUGUGUGGACCAGGUAAGAGGAUGUUGGUGGAUGAUAACUGCGAGGACCCACGCUGUCAGGACUGCGAAGACGGAGAGUAUCAGAGCGGCUACACAAGCAAAAACAAAUGUGAACGCCAGCCCAGCUGUGACACCAAUUUGCAUUUUCUGUCACAAAUGAAUCCCAGUAAAACCAGCCUUAGCAAAUGCCAGUGUCAACGUGGAUACUACUGUACACAAGACGAUGACUGCGACACUUGUAGGGAACACACAGUUUGCAAGCCAGGACAGAAAGUCAUCAAAAAAGGUUCAUCGGUUAGUGAUGCUGAGUGUGAGGCAUGUAAAAAUGGAACAUUCUCCACCCAUGAUUCAGCUGACACUUGCAAGGAAUGGACAAUAUGUGAACAUGGAUAUGACAAAAAUGCUCCUGGCAGUUCAACCUCAGACCGGAUCUGCGUGGAUGGUACACCCAAUCGCAGAGUUGAAAUUGGGCUGGGAGUUGCAGCAUUUCUGCUUGCCAUUAUAGCUGUAACUGGAGUGCUUGUCUGGUUAAAAAACAGUAAAAGCUGUAAAGAGUUUUCCCAAAAGAUAACAGGCAUAAGUAUAACAAGAUUGGAGCAAGAUGCAGAUGUUGAGAGAGCAAUCCAACCAUUAAAUCAACAGCCUGAGGAGGACGAUGAUGACAGCACGCCCGUGAGCCCCACACUGAGUAACGUGACUGAAAAUGGAUAUCCUGUACAACAAGAGCAUGGCAAAGAGUCCGUCAGUUCACAUCCCGAAUCAAAUUCAGUUUUGUAGAGCACAGUCUUCUACAAAAUACAGACAGCUGUGCUCCUAUCACGUUACAACCAUCAACAUAUAGAGCAUUACAUUAUAAACUCUAAAUGUCCCAAAACCGGCAUGUGUCUUACACGUUCAUAAAAAUGUUCUAUAUAAUGACUGAAACAGUAGCUUCACUGCAUUGCUUUGUGUUUCAGACAUAUACACUUGCAUCCUGUGAUUGUUACAUAAUGCUGUUUUAAACUCAUUAUUCAGUAACGAAAAAUACAAGGCAAAAAUAGAAGACAGUUAAAUCUAUUUGGAAGCAGAAAAUGUAGUGAGAGUGGCUUUAUGAGCUGGCUUGCCCUCCAUACACUCAUUUUACUGACACUAACGCCCAGAGGCGGACAAAGUACACAACUUCCUUACUUGAGUGAAAGUACAGAUACCACUGGUCAAAUACUACUCCACUACAAGUGAAAGUUGUAAAGACAAAUUUUUACUUAAGUAAAAGUACGGAAGUACAUGUUUUUAAAAGUACUUAAGUAUCAAAAGUAAAAAGUAAAUGCAUUGUUUUAUUGUCGCAUUGUUGUAUACUUACAAUACCUUAUGCCACUAAUGCAACCUACUGAAUACACUGAUUAGCUUGUAUUAUCUUUGGAAUUAAGAGCUUUUAUGUUACCAAACCUAUAGAAAUGGAACAACUGAAUGAAGAUAAUCAUCUUUAUUUUCGUAUUUAACACCAGGAGUGUUAACUACAUCGAACUCAUUUUAAUACUUUUUUAAAAGUUACAAAGUUCUUUUUCAAAGAGAUAUUGAAGUCUAUGAUAUUGUUCAUUUUAGGCAAACAAAGCAAACAUUGAAAAGAAAACAAACCUUUAGUCUCUUCAGAGAACUGGAUCAUACUCUCUCAGUAUGGCCACGGGUGUGAAGGUUGCACCAAAUAACCAUCUUUUUGAAUUUUGCCAUCAACUGAUCAGUGUUCAUAAAAUACUCAGAAAUCAGUGAACUUCACAACAUGUUGCUAGGGUUGGGUAUUGUUUGAAUUUUAUCCAUUCCGAUUCUGCUUCUGCUUAUUGAUUUCAAUUCUUAUUGAUUCCCAGUUUAGAUUCCAAAGUUUUCAUUUAACGUACUUUUUGAUCAUUUGUUUGCACAGAAAAAGAAAAAAAGCAUUUAUGUGCAGUGUUUUGACAAUAAAAUAAUGUUCAGAUUCGUAUACUUCCCUGACCAGUUUUUAGCAGCAAUUUACCAGUAGGCCAAAGUUUAUAUAUAUAUUAGAAAAGUGAGGGCAGCAAUUUUUGACAGAUAUAUUAGCCUACCAUUUGUAUUGCCAUAGUUUAACUACAAAAAUCAAACUCUAGUUAAUAUAAUGAAACUAUGGUAAAUUUGUGGUUACUGAAGUUUUACUACAAACAGCAUAUGGUUACUAUAGUGAGAUAAUAGUAAAUUUGUGGAUACUGUGAUUUUACUGCAAAUACCAUAGUUAUGGUUACUAUAGUAAAAACAUGGUUAAUUUUCCAAAGGGCUUUAAAGAGUUAACACAUGCCCUUUUAGAGCGCUUUUAGCUGUGCAGUAGCGCGGACGUUUACAUUAGUUUAGCGGGGAAGAUCCCGAGGUUGCCAGAUUUGCGCAAAAAAAAAAAAUCAGCCAAAUGUCCAUUCAAAGCAACUUCAGGCUUAGAAAUACUGUAACACUUGGCAACACAGGAAGGUACUGGCAGAUCGCAGGCCGAAUUUUCGCAGAAAAAAAGGGUUCAGUGAAUCUGAAAAUGCACACACUGUAAAAACUGCUAAAUAUAACGACUUUCUACUUGGGGACCUUGAUAUAAAUGUAGUUGAGUAAAAAGUACGAUAUUUGUCUUUCAAAUGUAGUGAAGUUAAAGUCGCAAGUUUCCAGAAAAAAUAAUACUCGAGUAAAGUACAAUACUCAAGUAAAUUUACUUCGUUACUGUCCACCUCUGCUAACGCCGUCUUAUUCUAAAAGAGUGAAGGAGAAGACUGUUAAAGGAGAUUUUCCCCACAUCAGCUGUAGUCUGAUAAGAAAAAGACUCAGCACCACCAAUGUUAUACAAAAAGACUGCACAAAACAAACGCACGUGCAUCCCAUCUCGGUUUUCAAGAACAGUGCUUUAUAUUUAGGAUUGCAGAUUGCAAGUUAUUCAGGUCAUGUUUUCCAGAAUGAUUGUAUAACUUAAAAACUGAAGUUUUGAACAUUCAUGGAAUGUUUGGAAAUGCCGUUUUUUCAUAACCUAAUCGGAAUGUCAGAAAAACAUUCUAAGAACAUUAACUUGGAUGUAAUGUAAUUACGCCUAUGUUCACAAAAUCAUGUGUAAAGUUUUGUCAUGUUUUGUCUUCGUAAUCAUUGAUUUGCUGUUAAAUGUUGAUAUGCAUGUUGAUGUUAUGUUGUAUAAAUAAUUUUCAUUGUACAUUGUAUGAUUUUAAUUUCAUUUACUGGGAGUUACUAUUUGCAUUGUGUGUUUUAUAUUAGGUUUAUGUGGGAAAAAACUGUACAUAUUAAGUAAUUCCUGAUUCUCUGUACAUUAAAACAUUUUUGAUUCUCCAUGAAUAA